AUGCACUUAAAUUUACAAAAUAAUAAUCUUGAAGACAAGGGAAAGAAAGUGGUUGAAGAAAUACUUCAGAUGAAUACCACGCUAUAUUAUCUUCAAUUAAUUGAUUUAAUUGAAAAAUCGGAAAAAAGGUGGCCCAGCAAGGAGCCAAAUUAG